UAUAUCAAUAUUGUCUACAUUUACAAGAUCUAAUACCUUUGAAUCUCCAGUAUCGACAAUUUAAUGAGAAUGAAAAUGAAAUUUGUUAUCUUCAUACUUAUGCUUACUGUAGUGUUAAUGCAAGCAAGACUAAAUUUCUGGAAAGAUUUAAUGUUCCUUCAAAAAGCAAUAAUCAAUUAUCUAUUUCCUAAGGAUCCCGGUAUAGUAAGAGUAAGAAAAUCAGAAGAAGUCAAAACUGCAGUGAAUAAUGUAACUACAAUGGAUUUUAUUGAUUUAGUAGAGAGAUAUGGUUACUCUGCUGAGGAGCAUUACGUCACAACAGAAGAUGGUUAUAUUUUGACGAUUCACAGAAUAUCAGCAAGUCCUUUAUGUAAAGGUCGACAGAAAAGAGGAGUUAUAUUCUUUCAAAAUGGUAUCCUUGCCUCAUCUGAUUUCUGGGUGUUAACCGGUCCUGACAAAGAUCUUGAAAAAUUUCAAACCUUCGACUAUGGAUAUUUCGGCAAUUACAAGCAAUAUGGACAGAUGACACCCAUAACGUAUGAUCUUAACAAAGUUACUGCGCCUUUGGCUUUAUUUUACGGUGCUAACGAUGUACUUGUUCCAGUAGCGAAUGUAUGGGAAACGUAUAAACGCUUGCCAAAUGUUAUCCUGCUAGAAGAAAUUGCAUAUAAAUUAUUUUCUCAUGCAGAUUUUCUAAUUGCCAUUGAUGUUAAAACUUUAAUGUAUGAUCAUGUAAUAGAACUACUUCAGAAAAUUGAUAAUAAUUAG